UGGGAGCUCCAUCAUGAUUCCACAAGUAGUGACCAAUGAGACCGUCACAGUCAUUUCACCAAAUGGAAUCAGCUUUCCCCAAGCAGAGAAACCCCAGCCUACUCACCAGAGGAAAGACAGCCUGAAGAAACAUCUAAAGGCAGAGAUCAAAGUGAUGGCGGCAAUCCAGAUCAUGUGUGCUGUGAUGGUGUUGGCUCUUGGAAUCAUUUUGGCAUCUGUUCCCUCUGUCCCACAUUUUACCUCAGUGUUUUCAGUCCUAUUAAAAUCUGGCUACCCAUUUAUAGGAGCUUUGUUUUUUAUUGUCUCUGGAAUUCUGUCCAUCAUCACAGAGACAAAGUCAACAAAAACUUUGGUAGAUGGCAGCCUGACUCUGAACAUCCUGAGUGUUUCAUUUGCUUUCAUGGGCAUCAUUAUCAUCUCUGUCAGCCUGGCUGGUUUGCAUCCUGCCUCAGAGGAGUGCAAGCAGAACAAGGAACUUAGACCAACUGAAUAUCAUUACUAUCGCCGUUCCUAUGACUCAGACAGGAAUGAGUGCACUACCACCGAAUCUGUUUUGGCUGGUGUCUUUUCACUGAUGUUGAUCAGCAGUCUGUUGGAGCUUGGCCUGGCUGUGAUCAUUGCCAUGCUGCGGUGGAAACAGAGUCACUUUGACUUCCCUGGGAAUGUGAUUUUCCUGCCUCAUAGCUCAAAUAAUGAAUCCAACGUGGAAUCAAAGGCACUUUGUAACCCCACAUAUGAGGAACAAUAGUUUUGUUCAGAAAAACAAAACAAAACAAAAUACCCCCAAACAAAUAGAACUAUACAACAGAGGGUAUGUCUUCAUGAUAAUGCAGAAAAUCUAACCAUCACAAGGUAGCAAUGCUUGCUACUUAAAAUGUAGACUUUAUACAGUGAAUACCAGUAUAAGUUGAAUGGGUGUGUUAGUGGCACCCUAUUGAUUUCCAUGACCUUGGCUUCAGCCAACGCUCAGACCUACAAAUAGUAGCCAGAGCCCCAGAUAUUUCUUAGAAAACUAUUGGAAUGUUUCAGGAGAUGUUUAGUAGAGCUAAGGGACAGCAUUUUCUUGUCCCCUGUAAUUAACAGCAACAGUUAACCAUUAACAGUCUUUUUAUUCAGAAUGGCUGCUAAGGCAUGGGUCUUUUAUCAUAUCAAUCUUAUUCACUGGUGCAUAGAGACAAGUGAACUGCAAUGAAGUCUCAAGAAGUGUAUGUGCUGUUGCUUCAAAAUAAAUUCUUUUUGUGAUUGUGG